GUGAGAAUUAGUUUUAUUUCUUUCGCCAUAACUACACACGUCAAUCUGCCGGAGCACAAACUGUACCAGUCUCCAAUUCCACGCUCGCACUGAGUUACGACAAACGACAAUUAAUUAUCCAAGAACCGGAUCACGUUGCAAGUUUAUUCCUGUUGCUGAAGCUCUCAAACACGUGUGUCAAUUUAUCUAUAAAAUUACAAAAAUAUCACUUACACAAAUAUAUGAAUAAACAAAGGAUCAAUGCCGUGCUGAUAAUUUUCCUAGAUAUUUAAAAAAAUGGACACCGGGGAUUCAUUGCAUCAGUUCGCAGAUGUCGAGGAUGUCGUUCACGAGGAAGUCGUGUACGGAAUAGAAUCAGAUUUCGAUUAUCACGAGGGUGUGAUUGGAGCUUGCGAGCAAGUGUGCGUCGAAGAACAAGAGUCUGUUCAAACACCAGCUGAUUCAAAUUCACCAUCAUACAUUUUACCAGAGUACACUGAAGACAACAAUUAUUUAAAUAUUCAAGGCACCGAGGAAGUCAUCACCAGUGACAACUGGUACAGUUCCGAAGUUGAUGAUGUCUCGAAAAUACCCGAAGUCGAUUUAACCCAAAGUAAUUUACUGGAGUACGAUGACACUGAUGAGGUACCGGUCGAACAAAGCGACAGUCCAAUUAAUAAUAAUCCGUUCCCGUGCGAUGUCUGCGGGCGCAGGUUUCGCGCAAAAGUUAAUCUUAUGAAUCACGUAAUUUCUCAUCAAAAUGACCGCCCGCACGCUUGUAAUCUCUGCGGCGCGCGUUAUCUUAAUAAAUUUGAUUUAUCAAAUCACCUGAAAACUCACGCAUGCUCGCCGCCUCAUUUGAACGAAGACUUAAAUAACAACCCGGGUUUUUUUUUUACCGAAACUAAAACUUCUUAUCCACAGAAAAAAACCAACACCCGAAGUACUCGGUAUCAAUGCUCUGAUUGCCGUCGUGUAUUUCGAGAUAAAGUUUCUGUAGACAAACAUUUAUGUGCUGAUAAAAAUUCAUUGAGUAAAAGUAAAAAUACCAGUAGUUCAAAUGACAGUGAAUUUAAUUGUACGAUAUGUGGAAAAAAUUUCAAAAGUAAAACGCGACUUAAACGUCACAUGCUGUCGCAUCGUGAUAAAAUAACUUGCAAUGAAUGCGGUGAUAAAUUUACAAAUGAGCGGGAUCUUUUGAAUCAUUCAAAUUUACAUAAAAAAAAAUUAGGCGACAAAGUAUUUAAAUGUAACGAGUGUGAUAAAGUAUUUAGUAGUCGUAGUUCUCAGCAAAUUCACGUGCGUGUACACACGGGAGAAAAACCGUACGCUUGUAGAUUUUGUGUCAGCGCAUUUGCUGACGGGGGUACUUUGAGAAAACACGAGAGAAUUCACACGGGAGAAAAACCGUACGUGUGUGUUAUCUGCACGCGGGCAUUUAAUCAACGGGUUGUACUUAGAGAGCACGUAAAGUCACAUCAUAUUGGACCGGAUCCAAAAUAUGAAGGCACUGCGACGCCUUAUUGUUGUCAAGUUUGCAAUGUUUUGUUCAGUACCUCGGAGGAUAUUUACAAUGACAUCGUUGACCAUUGCGACGAAAAUACCGCGAGAGGAAGACAGCCGCAGAUGAGACCGAGGAAAUAUAAGAGGAGAAGUAAAUUAAAAUCUCAUGGGUCAUCUGCUGUGGAUAUCGAUUCCGAUGAUGAGAAUUUCAACACGAUGGAGAUCAAGACGGACUUCAAUGUAAUCAAGAAAAAACGCGGGAGAAAAAGUAAGCAGGAGCUUUUGGAAAUAGAAGAGUGUAAGAGAAGAACGGAAAUAUUUUUUAAGCAGGAGAAUUAUGAAGAAGAUGAAAAAAAUUUUAAACCUCAAGCAGGGGAGAGUGAACGGCAACAGAGAAUAUUUUCUGGGGGUGAAAUAAAUCGACCGAGAACUAAAAAUGUCAGUCGUCCUGUUAAUGAUAAUUUUAAAUUUGUACCUGCGACCUUUCCGAGUCACAAGCAAUCGUUUGAUGAAAUUUCGGCGGCAGUCGAAUCGAUUAAAAUGAAAAUAGACUCGAUUGAUAAUUCGAGUAGUAAAGGAAGUAGUGGGGGUAAUAUUUAUGAAAGGAGAGGAAGGAGAAGAGUUAAACAAGAAUUACAUGAUGAAUAAAAUGUGAAAAUUUUAAUGAUAAAUUAUUUUCGUUAUCGUUGAUGUUAUAGACCGGAAAUGACAAUAAUAGCUUGGAAAUUUUUAUUAUUUUUAAUUUGUCUAGAUAAUCUAGAUGAAUAGAUAGUUUUUUUGCGUAUAAAUUUUUGUAUUGACAAAAUGUCAGGACCAAAGUUUAUUAAAAAAAGUGCUGCUGUAAAUUGAAUGGAAAAAUUGAGAAUUGGAAUGGAAAUAAAAUUUUAACGGCUCA